UCGUGCCAUGGCGGUAAACGUAAACAAUGCUCAGCGAUCAAGUACUAUCGCCUUUACUUUGCCUAUUUCUUGUCAAAUUUGUUUGGGAAAGGUUAAACACCCAUUACUCUGUCCCAACAACCAUGUCUUCUGCUCCUCAUGCAUGGAAGUGUGGCUGGAGAGGAACAAACAAUGCCCAGCUUGUCGCACUCCGAUUGAUGAUGAGAACCCAUGCAGGGAAAUACGAGGUGGUGUCAGCAUGGUAGAUGAAGAAGACAGGGGAAGUAUGAACACAGCUGAGUUGAGGAGAGCCAGGUUUGAGAUGCUGUUUAAAGACUAUGAGUUAGAGUUGUCCCGCACACAGGCAAAGAUGGAAGCCCUCAAGGUUGAAAACACAGCCUUACAACAACAGUUGGAAAUUAAGGCUUCUGCGAAAAACUAUGCGGUGCCUCAGAUAAAAGAGCCAGACAUUGAUGCUUUAGCAGUGAUUACUAAAAAAUUUGAAGAUGCCAACAAACAGUAUGAAAAAGUCAAGCAAGAAGUCAACAAGUUCAAAAAGGCCAAUGAAGAAUUGAAGGAGGAGAAUGAUUUGUUGGUUAGGGAGAAUCAACGAUUGAGGAUGGAGAUAUGCAGCAGGUCACCCCACAGGUAUGGUCGCUCUACUGUGGCAGCUCUUCAGUCGCAGAUUGACUCAUAUGAGAAAGAGGUGCACCAGUUGAACAAGGCUCUUCAGAAGAGUGAUGGUUACAUCGAGGAACUGGAGGAAGAGCUCUCUGAAUUGAGAGGAACUGAAAGCGAGGAAGGAAAGAGCUCAGAUAGUAAACCAAAACAGCCAUCAGAUGAACUCCAGGCAAAACCUGUAGAAAAGCAAAGUCACAAGAAAAAAUUGUUCAUGGAUUAUGAUGAUGUAAAGAGGGCUGUUGUUGUUGCACAGCCAUCUGGUGAGAGCUUGAGCAGACACACAGCUAAAAUUCUUGAAACAAAAAGUGUGAGUGGUAUUCUAGUCAACAACGAUAGCAAAGAUUCAACAAAACCUUUCAAUUCUCCAACUAAAGGUUCUAAGAAGGUGAGCUUUGCUCUGCCUGAAGACACCCCUCCUAAUUCUAAAAUGUCCUCUUUUGACCUUGAGAUGCCUAGCCCAUUUUCUCAGUCCUCUACAGACGAUCCAGAAUCAAAGGAAACUACCCCAAGCACUGUGGUAUCUUCAUCAGCAGAAUUUGCUACGGAUAACCAACGGAAGCAACAAGAAAUUGUUAAGUAUGUGCCUGAAGAGAAAUAUUCUACCGAAAGAAAGGCGAACACUGCAAAAGAGUCUGUCAAGUCUAGCUCCGAGCAAGGUAUUAGAUCAUCGUCAAAAGAUUUAAAUGAUACUCUAGAUAUUGAAAAUGAGCUGGACGAAUUAGACAUUUCUGUUACUCCUGAACUCAGGGACUGCAUGAAACUGUUUAGUAUGGCUGAACGGAAAGUUCAAGAACGAAAUUCCUUGGGAGGAGGAGCAAGAGGAGAACCCUCUGCAGAUUCCCCUCUGGAACAGCCGUCACCAGUUGUUAAAGCUACUAAGAAUAAAUCCAUAAAACAAACUAACAAAAGCUUGGCUUCAUCGAGAAAUGACUUCCAAACGAUACCAUCAGAACUCUCCGAUCAAACUUUCUCCUCAAAUCAUGUUGGACACAUCGUCAGCUCCCACAUGUCUGAUCAAAGAAGCACUGGUUUAUCCUCAGUCGACCCCAGAAGUUGUCUGUCGGCAUCACUGGACAGUUACAAACCGACUUCUCUCCAAUCGUCCUCAUCAUUUGGGAGCAGUCUAAGAGGUGAUUAUACCGCCUCUGGAGUAGACAGAGUUACCACUGACAGACACCUGUCCUCUGAGAGCACCACAGCUGGUGUUUCUUGUGCACUGCUCACUGGUGAUAAAACCAGUAUAACUGGUAGUGUGGUUUCCCAGGUGCUGAGGUCUACUCCCCAGUUUACUCAACCUUCUGCUCCUGGGCACAAGUCUUCCAUGGAUUCAGCAACGUUUCUUCUCUCUCAGUCCUUGUCAAAGCCAUCCACGUCAUCUGUGAACCAUGCUGUGUACAGGUGUCAUGGAGCCAUCGACAGCAGCUCACAGCCUGGCACAUUUGACUCCACAUCUGCCCUCAGCCAGUCUGUCGUGACAAAUAAUAAGAGCACCGACUCGCUGACCUCCUCACUGUGGAAAUUGGAACAGACUCUAGCAGCACACCGUGCCUCUAACUCACAUGUCCCUAGACAAACAUCUUACCCUGCUAUCACACAGAUUGGCGCUAUCAUCUCUGGUAUUGGUGAGCCCCACAUCACAUCAACUUCCUCGUAUUCACUAUCCGCCAUUGCCCCACCGUUACCAUCUGCCAUUGCUCCACCGUUACCAUCUGCAUCAGGUGGACUGAGUUCCCUAAAUGCAUUACCUUUCACAAGUGGAAGUCAUCUUCCGAGCUUCACAACAGUCUCCUUGACUUUACCUCCCCCAAUCAGCAAUAUACCAGGAGCGACUUCUUUAGCCCCUUUAUCGUACACAUCAGCUGUGCCUGUUAGCAGCGGUAUCUUGUAUGGUCAAAGCAAUGAUUCGACCAAUGGUUUCCAGCCAAGGGGUUCUGGGCAAGCAGGGUUUUCGAAUUGGACAAACCAGACUGGCUUGGCUAAGUCAAACAGUUAUCCCGCACCAGAACAAUCCAGUGUCUCCUUUUCUCAAUCUAUAAUAUCUAGUGGGUCAACCCAUCCAAUGUCAAGUCAUUUGCAUUCAGAAAAAGUCAACAAUUAUAGUUACGUUUCAAACUCUUCUAUGAAUUCAAACGUGUCAACGUUGGACGGGUCUUUUCUCCCAGAGCCAAAGAAACGGCUGUUUGAGACCGAUACUGACGACACAGAUAUGUCCUUCAGUCCUGUUAAAUCAUCCAAACUUAGUUUUUAGUUUCAUAACCUGUGGAGCAUAAUAUUUAAGAACAUACUUUGUACCUAAUAAAGAAUUUAAUUUCUAAAUAUUUCAUUUAAUGUUUUACGUUUUGGUGCACCCUCAAGGAUUUUCUUCAUUGGAGAUUAUUUUAAAACCUAUUAGUUUGCUUUAAAUUACCCGACCUUUUGAUUUAGAAAGAGAUAAUUGUGUGUUAUUUUUGUCCUUUGUUAAAGCGCACAAAGAACGAGAUCCUAACCGCCAUUUUAACGCAUAAAAGAAUUAUGUUAAAGUAUAAACCAAUUAGCCUGGCACGUCGAGGUAUCAGGGUAGAAACGAGUGAUACCCAAGCGUCCAUGCAUUGGAACUUUAUGUUUUUCUAUGGAACCUUGGCUUUCAGCUUAUGAAGUCGCUGCAGUUAUGGCCGCGUCUGUGCUGUAUUUCCCCAUCCUUUGCACGAAGGCAAGGCAGCACUCUGUUAUGAGCCAGUGCAAGUCCAUUAUCACCAGCUGUUAGUAUGGACGCUUAUGACUGGUUAGCUCUGCCAGACGGUUAAUGCAAAAUAUGAUAAUUCUUGCUGUGACCCAACAUGAGAAUAAAUGUCGUCACUUGAAAGGCUUUCUGAUUACAACGACGUGGUGUCUGGUAAUCAACAGAAAUCUUCAGAAGUCCUAUCAUACAAUCUGAAUAACUGGCAUUACAGUGUAGUCGUGUUUCUGUUAUGCAGUAAUUAUCAUAUUGUACAAGAACUGAGUCUUCCUUACAACCUGUCCUUAUUACUGCGAAGACAAGGUGAUGUCUAUAUCUAAAAUAUUAUAUAAUUUGUUAAUGUUCAUUGUAUUUUUUUUAAGAAUGUAUUUGUUUUAAAUAAGAAAUUUAAAUCUUAUGCUGUUUGUAGGAAGUGUUAUUUAC